AUUUUUCUUACUUUUUCGUAGUCGCCAUCAGCUCCAGACCAAACCCCAUCCUAAAAAUCCUCCAAAUCUCGCCCAUGUCGCCGCCGACGAUGACGACCGCCGCCGCCGCCACCGCCACCGCCAUGGCCGCCGGCGUUCUCCCCCGACCGCGCCCGCACUUCCUCCGCCGCGGCAUCCUCCCCUCGCCGGCCUCCCCGCUCCCCUUCGCUUCCCGGGUCUCCUCCGCUGCGCCCCUCCGCCACCGCCUCCCGCCGCCGCGCUUCUCCCUCUCCCCGAUCCCCAAGACCCUCUCCUCGCCGUCGCACGUCCCCGUCCGCUCCCUCUUCACCGGCAUCGUCGAGGACGUCGGCACCGUCCGCCGCAUCGGCCCGCCGCCCGCGCCGCCCUCCGGCGGCGGCGGCGAGGCCCCCGGCGUUGACCUCGAGGUGGAGACGAGCACCCUCCUCGCCGGGACGCAGCUCGGGGACAGCGUGGCCGUCGACGGGGCCUGCCUCACCGUCGCGGCCAUCGACGCGGCGGCGUCGACGCUCACCUUCGGCGUCGCGCCGGAGACACUCCGCCGGACGUCCCUCGGCGGCCGGUCCGCCGGCGACGCCGUGAACCUGGAGCGCGCGCUCACGCCGGCGUCGCGCAUGGGGGGCCACUUCGUGCAGGGCCACGUGGACGGGACGGGGGAGAUCGCCGCGUUCCGGGCCGAGGGGGACUCGCUCUGGGUCACCGUGCGCGCGCCGCCGGAGAUCCUGCGGCUGCUGGUGUCCAAGGGCUUCGUCGCCGUCGACGGCGCGAGCCUCACCGUGGUGAACGUCGACGAGGAAGGCGGGUGGUUCGACUUCAUGCUGGUGAGGUACACCCAGGACAACAUCGUGCUGCCGAACAAGAAGGUUGGGGACAAGGUGAACCUCGAGGCCGACAUACUCGGCAAGUACGUCGAGAAGCUCCUCGCCGGGAGAUUGGAGGCGAUGUCGAAGGUGUGAAUUUGCCAUUUGUUGAGCUGGAAGAAGCACUGCUCUUCAUUCCUUUUCGGCAGGAAAGAGAAGGGAAUGAAAGCGGAUCCUGAUCCACUGCUUCCUUUGCGGAAUCGUUCUGGAGCCAGGAGCAAGGAAGAUAAAAAGAGAGGCUCUUUUCAGACUUGCAUAGCUCCAUUGCAUCGACGAAAAAUUAUACCAACAGUGUUCUUGUAAUAACGCAGCUUGUAAGUUGUAAGCUUGCCUUUCCAUUGCCUCUGUUGAACGAAGCGGAGACAGUUGAAGAGUUCCAUAUGAUAAUUCAGAGUUAUAAAGUUUUUGACAUUGUGUAAAUUUGGUGUUGCUUCUGCUGCUGCUCGUGUAAUUCUGGUGGCUGCUUAGCUUGUUGCUGAAGGCUGUGUUUAGUUGAGGGGAAAGUUUGGAUUUUGGUUGAAAUUAAAGAUGAUGUGACUGAAAA